AUGAAUGCUGAACAACUGUAUUAUAUUUCUAAGGAUCAAUUUCAAAAACUCCGAGUUGAUUUUGUAAAACAUUUGGACGAUAUUGGAUCCUUUCUGGAUGAAGCUUUAGCCAAUGGUUUAUUGACUAAGAGCAAUAGAGAGACAAUAAUGUCUGAAAGAGAUUCUAGGAAUCAGAAUCGACGGUUACAUGAUAUCCUAUAUAAGAAACUACCAGAUGGAUCCAGUAAAUUUGUGUCGGCUUUGGAAAAGUCAGAACAUAAUGAAAUACUCAAGCUAUUAGACGAUCCGCUAGUCUACCCGAUGAAAUUCAAACCACAUGGUCGUGUUAUAUUAAUAAAUAAUGUGAAAUUUGACGAUGAGGUGGCAUACAAUGAAAGGCAUGGAAGCGAAAAGGAUGUGGAAGCUAUUAUGAAACUUUUCAAGGCUUUCAAUUUCGAUGUUGAACUUUAUUCUGAUAAAAAGGCCGAGGAAAUGAAAAUAAUAAUUGAGAGAGCAUCGGAGAAAAGUACAGCAAGUGAAGAUUGUUUCGUCAUGUUCUUAAUGUCACAUGGGACUCAAGGGAAUAUUGUUGGAAUUGAUGGUGAGAAAUUACCUUAUUCCAUUAUUAAUACAAUUCUAAAGAGUACUCAGUUGAACGACAAACCAAAACUCAUUUAUAUAAAUACUUAUCAAAUUAAAUCUAAUAAGAAUAAUGUCGCGAACGAUACCGAUGCUUGUCCAACUAAUAAAAAUACUUGUCAAAGUAAACCUCAAGUCAAAGAGGACGCGGAAUGUAGCAAAGGUGGUGAAACUAAUUCAGAAAAGGAAGACGUGAAGCAAUAUUUCAACGUUCCACAUCUAUAUGUUACUUUUGCCACUGUUCCAGAAAGCAAGGCUUUCCGAACUGAGGAAAGUGGUUCUGUUUUCAUCAAAAGUUUACUCACUGUUUAUGAAAGGAACAAAGAAAAAUUUUCAUGUUUACUUGAUUUACUUUUCUGUUUUAUUCUACUUUAUUCUUCUCCUUAA